ACUCGCACUCACUCAUAUGGCUCCUCCUCCAGGGAUUGUUGUCACCCUUUUGCUUAUUCUUGCUCUGCACAGUUAUGGGUUCGUUCUUUCUUUUGCUUCCACAAAUGUUUACAUUGUCUAUAUGGGAGAAAGAAAGUAUGGAAACCCCGAGCUGGCAUCUGAGUCUCACCAUGAGAUUCUGUCAUAUGUAUUGGCAAAAUCAAGUUCAAGGCCUUUGAUUUGGGAGGUCAUCAGAUUGCUCGCAGGGUCUGGAAGGAUUACUACGCAAAGAUAAGCAAAUAGUUGCCAAGGUGACAUCUUACCUGUCAAAGUGCAUCAAGGACUUCGAGAAUGCUGCUGUGAUAAAUAAGGACAAGUUUUAUGUUUUCCGG